AUGGCGGGGAAGCCGAUCGUGCCGGCGGGCUCGGGGCCUGAGCGGCAGGAGAGCGCCGGCGGGAAGAAGAGGAAGAGGAACCCCACACCGGAAUGGGAGUUCCAGCAGUCGCUUGCCGCUUGCUCCAGAGAGGGGGACCUCGACGGCGCCCUCGCGCUCUACGGCGGCACGAAGCUCCGCCUCAAUGCCUACCAUUUCAACACACUUCUCCAUGUAUGCUCCAACGCCCUCGGCUCCUCUGAGGAGCGUUCUCCCGCUUUUGUCGCCGCUGCUGUUGAGGAGGCGUUUCGCAUCUUCGAGCGCAUGGUGGCCAGUGGUAUUCCCCCGUCGGAGUCCACUAUCACUUCACUGGCUAGGAUUGCGGCGGCCGACGGAGUGGAAGGUGGAAACAGGGCGUUCGAAUUGGUGAAGGACAUGGGGGAGAGGUAUGGCGUCUCCGCUAGGCUGAGAACCUACGAUCCGGCUCUGUUCGCGUUUUGCAAGGAUGCAGAGAAUGCCGAGAAGGCGUAUUCUGUCGAACAGCACAUGGUGUCGAUGGGCAUUAUGCCAGAGGAGGCAGAACUCGCUUCUCUUCUGAAAGUGAGCUCUGAAGCCGGGAGGGACGAUAAGGUUUACGAGUAUCUGCACAAGUUGAGAAGAUUUGCUCGCUCUGUUAGCCCAUCCACCGCCGAGACCGUGAAGCGCUGGUUCGAAAGCGACUGCGCCGCGAAAAUCGGAAGAGAGGCUUGGGAUGCAGACCGGGUUAAAGAUGCCGUCUCGAUAAACGGAGGAGGUUGGCACGGCGAUGGUUGGUUGGGGAAGGGUAGAUGGAGAGUGCAGAGGUCCGACAUUGGUUUAGGAGGUUGCUGCUCCUUUUGUGGGCAGCGACUGGCUUGCGUGGAUCUUGAUCGUACGGAGACCGAGAACUUUGCAGAGUCUGUGGCUUCCCUAGCCAUGACAAGAGAAGCCAAGUCUACUUUCAGUGAUUUCCAGGUGAUUCUAUUGCCCCCCUGACUAAAUCUAUAUCGCCGUGGCUUCUUCUGGUGCUCGUGCCGUUUAUGCACUCUCGUAACCGUAUUUCUUUUGAAUACCUCAUUAUCAAAAGACCCAUACCUUACAUGGGUAUGGUUAUAUCGUCAUUGAUCGUGUUCAUGGCCUCUACUGCUAUGAUUGUUUCUUCAAACAUGAUAUGUUCGUAUGAUUGGAAUUUUUUUUGGAAGUUGUUCGUAUGAAGUAGAAUCAGCCCCUCCACUUUGACACGUUGUAAGUCGAAUUGAUCGAUUGUUAUAGUAGCUUUUUUAUAAAAAACAAAAGUCAAUUUUUGAAAUUGUUUCAUGCAAAAAAAAUUGUUUCAUGCGACUUCCAUAUUUCCUCAAGAGGCAUGCCAAGACUUUCAGAAAUUUCCAUUCAAAUUAUGUUGUUCCGUUGGGCGUUGGACCAGCUACUUCCGUCUGAAUGGGGGAUUUCAUUUUCAUUCAGUAAGAGCUUUUAUGUGCAUUGCCCUUAUUGUCAUUGCUGUACUGAUGCUCAAUUGUCAUAUCCAGGAGUGGUUGAAUGGCCAUGAUGACUAUGACGUCGUUGUAGAUGGAGCGAACAUUGGAUAUUACCACCAAAACUUUGCAGAGGGUGGAUUUUGUUUACCUCAGGUUUAUACGUCAUCCUGGUUUUUCACUUCUUAAAAAUUUAACUCUUGAAUAUAUAUUGUUGAUUUUUGUGCGACAUGGUGAUGAAAUUUGCAGGUUCAGGUCGUGGUUAACGAGCUGCUGGAGCAUUCCCAUGCGAAGAAGCCGCUUAUAAUCCUCCAUAACAAGAGAGUUCUGUCUCUCAUGGAGAACAGCUGUAACAGGGAGCUGCUUGAAGGAUGGAAUGCUCAGGGGGUGCUGUAUGCAACGCCAAAUGGGUCAAACGAUGACUGGUAUGCUUCUGCAGAGAAUAGCUCAGGAUGCUUUUUCUUCUUUUUCCCUGUUUCUUCACUUUUAGAGAGUAGAACAAGUUUGUUCUCGGCAAUUUGGUUUGGUUUUCGGACCCAUUUUUUAUAUUUACUUUCGUAAAAUUCCUGAAAAUGUCUUGUCUCAGACAUUGCACACAGUCUUCUGCUGCAGUCGUAAUAUCUGUUGCCCCUGUGCCAGGUACUGGAUCUACGCCUCAGUCAGGCUCAAGUGUCUGCUUCUAACGAAUGACGAGAUGAGGGAUCAUAUAUUUGAGCUCCUGGGGCAGAGUUUCUUCACCAGGUGGAAGGAGAGACACCAAGUACGCAACCUAAACGCUUGCAAUUGCUUGGGUUCUGUGAUUUUAUUUUAUCAUUUCAAUGUUCCAUCGGGUACAGGCCCUCCGAGGGAGACCCUCUCGGAAUCGCCCUAGCCAUACUGUUUCGGUGUAUAUAUCCCUGAUUCAUUCGUGCAUGAGCAUUCAUGGUGAUGAUGAGAUGAAAAUAUAUUGUCUCUGGAUGAUCAGGAGCCGCCUGUGCUCGGAUACUCUUCCUUCCCUGAGGAGUUCCCUCUCAUUCUUUGUAGGUCAGAUACACGUUUGUCAAGGGCCACCCGAAGCUCGAGUUGCCGCGUCCAUACACUCCUGUCAUUCAAGUAAGUUUCCUCAGUCCCUAUCUCGUACAACAUGUUAACGCAGCUACGACAUUGCUCCCUCUCUCUCUCUCUCUCGCUAGGAGAUGGAGAACGGAUCGUGGCACAUUCCAGUCCGUGCCGCUGACGAUCAGGGCAAGGACCAGAAAUUGGAAGGUUGGCUUUGCAUAACCAGAGAGGGACUGCCCCUGGACGACGUUCGAGCUGCUCUAGGCGAUGAUGGACCUUCUGCAGAGAAUACGCCCUUGUCUGAGUAA